AUGUCUUCACCAUAUUCAUCUAGUUUAGUCGUUACUAUGCAAUUAGCACAAACAUAUAUAUGUCAAAUUGCUGGUCCAAUUUUAAUCUUCAUAGGUACUGUGGGUUGUAUAUUGAAUUUAAUUAUAUUUUCGAAGAAAAAUUUACGAAAAAAUCCAUGUUCAAUUUAUUUCAUUGUAUUUAAUAUUAUAAAUUUACUCUAUAUUUACUGUAAUUUAUUAUAUACAGUAGUUAGUUUAGGAUAUAACAUUGAUCCUGCUAUACACAGCUUAAUUUUCUGUCGUUUACACCUUUACGCCAGUCUUUUACUUCAUUGUUUAAAUCAAUAUUAUUUAAUUUUGGCUUCUAUUGAUCGAAUGUUUAUUACUUCACGUAAUGCUAUAACACGACGUCGAAGCACUCCACGUCUUGCUUAUCUAUGUAUUAUAAUAGGUACAAUAUUUUGGGCAUUAUUUCAUAGUCAUAUAUUGAUUUUUGCAUCUAUUUUACAAUUUGCUCCCUAUGUUUAUGUUUGUUAUUUUCAACCAGGUGUUCAAACUAUUUUCAUAGCUUAUUAUACAGUUAUUAUCGAAAUGCUAGUACUCGUAAUAAUGAUUACAUGUGGAUUAUGUGCACUUAGUAAUAUGCGAAAAAUGCGCCGCAUUAGAGUUAUCAAUAAUGAAUCAACAAGAACUGCUCCGGAGGCUAAUGUACAGUCGACUUCUUCGAAAGAUCGAUAA